AUGUGGCCUUUCAAUUCUUCACAAAAUGUCGGGAAAGACGAUGCAGCUACUUCCACGAUCAUACAGUCAGAACCCCCGACCAGCCAGGUUCAGCCAGUGUCGGAGCCUGAGCCGGAACCCGUAACGACAGAGUCACCUGUUGGGUUUACGGGCUGGCCGAACGAGCGACUGUCCAUUCCCUUUGUACUCCGAGCCCCUACCCUUAUGAUGGCAUCGUUUGGGUGCGGCUUCAUUCUGGGCUCCUCUCAGGGGGCGACCAAGGGCGCAUACCGGUAUCGUGCUGAGAACGCCCAUCGCCUGCCUACCACUCAAACAGGAUGGUUCCUUUACCAGAAGUCUAAGAAUUACCACGCUAUGCUCUCUGGGAUAAAGGAAGGCAGUAGGUUCGGGGCUGUAUGCAUGGGAUGGGCAACACUGUUCAUGGUCACUGAAGAGAUGGUGGACUUAUCAAGGACCAGACUUUUGGCACGAAAGGGCGAAGACGUAGCGACGGGACAACGGGACGCAGGAAGCACUGUCAUCGCUGGAAUGACCCUGGCAGGGUUCUAUAGCUGGAAAAGAGGGCUGGAUCAUUUUGCGGCUGCUCGGACAGCAAGGGCGGCAUUCAAAUUCUCCCUGGCAUACGGCUUGCUACAGGAUUUAAUGGCCACGAUCAGAGGGAACCCUCCAGCCUAUAUCGCUUGGCUUCAAGGAAAGAUGGUCCACCAAGAGAGACUUGGGAGCGUCGACUGA